UUUACAACAAAUCGACUUCCGGAUAUCGACUUCCGGGAAGAAAUUAACAUUUUUAUCAGUUUAUGUAAUUAGUCCAUAUUUUAAUCAUGAUAAUUCGUCCAAAACAUGUCAUUCUUGUUCUGAGGAGCCUUUCCUACAAUAAACCAACUGAAUUCUAUCCUGUCAGCAGGCAUGUUUCCCGGUUACUUGAAUUGCAGCGAGCCAGUUUUCACUGCACUGCUAAAAGCAGGUCAAUUUUUCGAAGUCAGCAAGAACAGCAUGUUGAUACGGAUGUUCCCGACUCUGGACAACCUAUGGAGGCUUGGUAUUAUGAUGUGAAAAAGGAUGGCAGGCUUUUGGUUCGGUCAGCAAUGGAUGUCCAUGUUCAGCCACUUGACCCGCAGAAGCAUCCGUCGAUGAACAAACUAUUUAUUAAUAUCCUUUACAUGGGCAAAGACAGACUUUCUAGCUCAGAGUUAACAGCUCUUACCAAGCAGUACAUUGUAAAUGUUGACCUAGAUGACACAAACGAGGAAAUGGAGAUUUCUAUCAAGCACAAAUCAAGCCUACCUGUGCCAGCACUUUGCCAUCUUCAAGUUCCGAUUAGAUAUGGUAUAGAUGUUUGCUGUAGCAAAACUGGAGAGGCAUCGUUGGAAAAUUUGGAGAGCGAAAAUAUUCGAGUCCGUACACAGCAAGGAAACUGUACAUUUAAAAGCAUCAAGGGAUUUAAUGUUGAUGUACAGAGCAAAGAAGGCAGUGUCAUGAGUUCGAAAGUGCUUCAAGGGAAUGUGAAGAUUGUAUGUGGUGGAAAUGGGUCUAUAAAUGUCGGUAGACUUCAAGGCCAGGUGGUAAACUGCCACAGUGAUCAAGGUGAUAUCAGUGCCAAGGCCAUUUAUGCAGACAAUGCGACCUUCACCGCUAACUGUGGUAACAUACAUCUUGGCAGUUGUCAUGGCAACAGUGAGGUCAAAAUAAAUGAAGGUCAUUUGACUGUGGAUACUCUUGAUGGUAACUUAAAUGGAUCCAUUGAAAGUGGAAAUACUCAGAUAGCUUUGUCGAGAGAGGGCAAUGUCAGUUUUGAAGUAGAAAGUGGUGAUAUUUCAUUGAGUGUGCCGAAAUCUCUAAACUGCAGCAUGGAAUUGUGUGGAACACAGAUAGACAUGGGGGAAGUGACUGUACAUGACAGUAAAAUGUCAGAGGACAGCAAUCUCACAAAACUUGCAGGGCAUCUUAGUGAGGAGCCGGUGAAAGGAACCAUAGAAACACGAACAAAUAAAGGAAGAAUUCGGCUGAGUUAUUACGACUGGUUAUCGUCUUUGAAUCUCAGUGGAAAGUAACAUGGAUAUACUCAUGAUUGAGAAGAUACAAUACGAGAUUACGUGUUGAAUUAUACUCCUGUUAUUGUUUUUGUUUUCGUUACUAUAAAAAAAAUGUGAAAUUAUGAAACUGCCUAUUGCAUGAUAAAUGUAGAAACAUGGUAUUAUAUAGUGUGAGAUCAUUCAUUUUCAUGGAGGGACAAAUUUUCAUGGUUGUGACAAUCCACAAAUUUAAAUCUCAAUGAACUAAGAAUAUUCUAUAAUAAUAUAAUAAUGUUUUCUCUUUGCAAUUUGAAAUGCCUGAAAUUAAACACUUUUGAAAACCAAGCAAUUUUAUACCAAUGAAAUUAAAUGAUAUCACAGUAUAUGGAAAAGUAAUGUGUCAGUGUAGAUAGUUUUUCUCAUUUAUGAGUGGGUAUUAGGAAUCUUAUACUGGUGUAAAAUAAUCUUUAUCUCCUGUCUCACACUGGUUAUGCACUACUUUAUUUAAAAACCAUUAAUCUGCUUAUGCAGGGAUAUCUUCCUUUAAAUCAUGAAAAUAACCGUAAUGGUGACAAAAUAAAUCUACAUCCCCAUUUAGAUUGGGAAAAGAGAAUACCACCCUUAAUUCUAGACAGAACUCUUCUAUUUUUAUUUUUUUUUAGCUCACCUGAGCAAUGCUCAGGUGAGUUUUUCUGAUCGCUCGAUGUCCGGCGUCCGUCGUCCGUCGUCUGGCGUCUGUCGUCUGUCGUCUGUCGUCCGUCGUCUGUCAACAUUUAGCUUGUGUAUGCGAUAGAGGCUGUAUUUUUCAAUUAAUCUUCAUGAAUAUUGGUCAGAAUGAUAACCUUGAUGAAAUCUAGGCCGAGUUCGAAAAUGGGUCAUCUCGGGUCAAAAACUAGGUCACUAGGUCAAAUCAAAGAAAAACCUUGUGAAUGCGAUAGAGACUGUAUUUUUCAUUUCUUCUUCAUGAAUAUUGGUCAGAAUGAUAACUUUGAUGAAAUCUAGGCCGAGUUCGAAAAUGGGUCAUCUCGGGUCAAAAACUAGGUCACUAGGUCAAAUCAAAGAAAAACCUUGUGUAUGGGAUAGAGGUGGUAUUUUUCAAUUAAUCUUCAUGAAUAUUGGUCAGAAUGAUAACCUUGAUAAAAUCUAAGCCGAGUUCGAAAAUGGUUCAUCUCGGGUCAAAAACUAGGUCACUAGGUCAAAUCAAAGAAAAACCUUGUGUAUGCAAUAGAGGCUGUAUUUUUCAAUUCUUCUUCAUGAAUAUUGGUCAGAAUGAUAACUUUGAUGAAAUCUAGGCCGAGUUCGAAAAUGGGUCAUCUCGGGUCAAAAACUAGGUCACUAGGUCAAAUCAAAGAAAAACCUUGUGUAUGCGAUAGAGGCUGUAUUUUUCAAUUGAUCUUCAUGAAUUUUGGUCAGAAUGAUUGCCUUGAUGAAAUCUAGGCCGAGUUCGAAAAUGGGUCAUCUCGGGUCAAAACUAGGUCACUAGGUCAAAUCAAAGAAAAACCUUGUGUAUGCGAUAGAGGCAGUAUUUUUCAAUUGAUCUUCAUGAAUUUUGGUCAGAAUGAUAACCUUGAUGAAAUCUAGGCCGAGUUCGAAAAUGGGUCAUCUGGGGUCAAAAACUAGGUCACUAGGUCAUAUCACGUAAAAACCUUGUGUAUGCGAUAGAGGCUGUAUUUUUCAAUUGAUCUUCAUGAAUUUUGGUCAGAAUGAUUGCCUUGAUGAAAUUUAGACCAAGUUCGAAAAUGGGUCAUCUGGGGUCAAAAACUAGGUCACUAGGUCAAAUCAAAGAAAAACCUUGUGUAUGCAAUAGAGGCUGUAUUUUUUCAAUGAUCUUCAUGAAAUUUAGCCAGAAUGAUUACCUUGAUAAAAUCUAGGCUGAUUUCGAAAAUGGGUCAUCUGGGGUCAAAAACUAGGUCACUAGGUCAAAUCGAAGAAAAACAUUGUGUAUGCAAUAGAGGAUGUAUUUUUCAAUUGAUCUUCAUGAAAUUUGGUCAGAGUGAUUGCCUUGAUGAAAACUAGGUCGGUUUUGAAUAUGGGUUAUCUGAGGUCAAAACUAGGUCACUAGGUCAAAUUAAAGAAAAAUCUUGUGUAUAGGAUAGAGACUGUUUUUUUCAGUUGAUAUUUAUGAAAUUUGGUCAGGUUGAUUGCCUUAAUGAAAUCUAGGUCGAAUUUGAAUAUGGAUCAUCUGAGGUCAAAAACUAGGUCACUUGGUCAAAUCAAAGAAAAAACUUCUGUAUGUGAUAGAGGCUGUAUUUUUCAGUUGAUCUUCAUGAAUUUUGGUCAGAAUGAUUGCCUUGAUAAAAUCUAGGUCGAGUUUGAACAUGGGUCAUCUAGGGUCAAAAACUAGGUCAUAUCUAAGAAAAUGCUUGUUUUAUCGCAAGAGACCAAUUUUUUGGUCCAAUCUUAAUGAAAAUUGGUCAGAAUAUUUGUUUCCAUGAAAUCACUAGGUCAAACAUGUUUUACACUGUUAUGGAGUGUUUCUUAGGUGAGCGACCUAGGGCCAUCUUGGCCCUCUUGUUUGUAUUUACAUUGUAUUUAUUUUAAAAUUUUUUUGACAAAUGUUGACAUCGGGUGUAUUACGAGUGGUAGAGUCCCAUUGAACCUAUGCUCAAUAAAUCUCACUUUGCAUUAAUUUUGAUGAAGCUAAAUUCUCUGAUAACGCAUUGGAUAUCCAGAUGGGACUACAGUUUAGAAUGAAAAGCUGUAGUAAUUCAUUUCAAUUAAAAGAAAUUGUGAGGUUUUUUUGUAAAUCAAUGAAUACAGCUGUUGUACCAAAGACUGUUAUUGCUCAAAAUUCCUUAAGAAAAUAACUUGACCAAGCUUUCUGUCUUGUCUUUUUAUUUGUUGCAUUUUUUCCAGGCCAUGAACAAAUAAAUCUAAAAUAAGAAGUAUUUUCUGAUUGUCUGUGUGAUUCUCAAAAAACUGUCAUAUCGGGGAGUGAUAGGCGUUAUUAACAGAUGAAUUUUUUUAUACAUUUUUGUUCUUGUAUAUUUUUCUUCAGAUUCAUAUGUUCGUGAAACAUUUUUAAGCCUUUCAUUUUUCAUUUGCUACAGCAUUGUUAAUACUCAAAGGAACCUAAUUUUCAUGGAUUUUGGGGUUGGGUCAAUCUGCAAAAUGAAGAUCAUUUUUUAAGAUGAAGUCAGCAAAUCCAUAUAUCUGUAGGAGGAAAAUUAAUGGAAGUUUGUGUAUCAAAAUUUAAUGAUUUUACAGUAUUCCCUAAAAAUAUUCUAACAUUAAACUAAAAACUAGCAUCUCCAAUUUGAAAAUUUAGUUUUCUCAUAUUUCUUUGAUAGAAAUGUGUGUUGGCCUAAAGUCCACAUUAAUGACCAGAUUUAGUUCAUACUCACAUUCAACAAUUCUUGUGGCAAGACCUACAAACUGACUUAUAUAUAGGUGACCUUGACUUUCAUAUGACCUUCACCUUCAAACUUAAAACCUCAAUAAACAAUAUUUUUGGUCCUACAGUCAACAUAAAUGACUCACAUUUAGUUCAAACUCCCACACAACAAACCUUAAGGCAAUACCUACAAAUUGACCAAUGUAAAGAUGACCUUUAUAUGAUCUUAAAACCUCAAAACAAAACACCUUUGGUCAUACACCAGGGGGCAUGAUUUUGCAUUUUGAAAACACAGCUCCAUGUGUCUGUAUUCAUUGAUGUGACACACAUUUUAUAUUACAAUUUUCAGUAAUAUUAUUGCAAAUUGAGUUAAACUAAAAUCAUCUGAAAAUAUUCUGAACUAAUGGCAGGACUAUAGUGAAUCUCUACUCACUCUAGCGUCAGUGGCUAGAGCUCCUGGGCUUACUUAAGCAUAAUAUAUGUGGUCCUUGGUCAUUGUCCUCAUAUUCUCUAUGUUUUGAUUGCUGGAAACCUCGGAUAACAUGAGCAGUACACUCAUUGCCUUGUGAACCUGAGCAGUUGAUAUUUUACUGUAACUGACUUGAGAUAUGUUAUGAAGUAUCUAUGUAAAGGAUUAAAUCAUUUUUUCUGGUGUUCAUGCAUGUGUAAACCCUGCCGAAUAACAUACAAAUUAACCCUUAGCCUGCUGGCGGCAAGUGAUUCUGCCUUUACGACCAGUGCAGACCAAGAUCAGCCUGCACAUCCGUGCAGUCUGAUCAUGGUCUGCACUGUUCGCUAUUCAGUCAGUAAUUUUUCAGUGAACACCCCUUUGAAUAAUAAGUGGUAUGGCCCAAAUUGAAUGAUGGACCGGUCCAUUUUAGAUAUUCAGCAGGGUAAGGGUUAAAUACAGCUCAAAAUGGCCUUAUGUUAAAUGUCUGCAUUAAAAGGCAGGCAUUACACAUACUUGAAUGCUAGAAAAAAUUAGAUCUUAUAACUCCAAGUAAACAUGUUUAAGACCACUUUAACUUCUGUUUUAUCUCGAUAUCAUUUUGCGCAAAACUGAAAAAUAUAUUCCCAACUUUCUUCCUAUCCAGCUGUGCACGAGUAGCAUUAAGAACUUCCAUUUGGUCUUAACAUUACUACUGCUGUUCUUGUAUAGGUAGACAAAUCUGUACUAUCCCUUUUACACAUGUCAAUGUCUUAGAAAUAAAAGGUUGUUGUUAAACUGUACUUUUGACAAAACUGAGAAAAUAAAACUAUGUAUUUUGUUUUGCAGAUUUCUGCUAGUUGCCACCUAUUUACUUCAUAAUUUUUGUAUCAAAAAUCACAUAAUAUGCAAUCUUAAAAGGUUGUAAGUGGCAGAUACGACAUUUUUCUUCAGUAGGUAUUUUUAAAACCUACCGAAAACUGGGUCGUGAGUAACAGAUACGACCUAAUUUUAUUAACAAAUGUUCUUUUUAGCUCAAUAAAUAAGGUCGCAUAAUAAUGAUUUUAUGAUCAAGUUAUGACCAUUUCAAUAUAGUUGCCAAAAAUGUAUAGGUCAUAAAGGUUGCAAGGAACAGUUACGACCUUAUAUUUCUAGGAUGUCAGUGUGUAUUUUCAUUCAUAUUUUGAUGGCAGUGUUACCAGAAAAUUGUAUCAGAAUAUUUUCCUGAAAUAUAUAUAAUCCUGAUGAAGGUCCUAGUUGACCGAUGGUAGUCUAAACAUCCCCGUUGUUUGACGUAUUGUUCCUCUAUGAACCCUUUAUUAUUGCAAUAAUAUUCUGAAAGCUGAACCCAAAUAAAUUUAAAUACAUGCUAUAAAGCUUUAUUUCAUCUUUGAUGUGAAUAAUUAUGUUCUUUUGUUAAAUACAAUGUGUACUGUAUGGCUGUAGAAUUGGUGCAGUUUUUUUCUCAGUUUUUAGCUCACCUGAGCAUGAAGUGCUCCAGGUGAGGUAUUGUGACCUGUCAUUGUCCGGCAUCCGUCGACGUGCGACUACAUUUGCCUUGUGAACACUCUAGAGGCCACAGUUGUGACCCAAUCUUUAUGAAACUUGCUCAGAAUGUUUGUCAUGAUAAUCUCUAGGUCAAGUUUGAAACUGAGUCAUGUGGGGUCAAAAACCAGGUCAGUAGGCUAGAUCAUAGGAAAAGCUUGUGAACACUCUAGAGACCACAGUUGUGACCCAAUCUUUAUGAAAUUUGGUCAGAAUGUUUGUCUUGAUGAUCUCUAGGUCAAGUUUGAAUCUGGGUCAUGUGGGGUCAAAGACAAGCUCACCCGGUCAAAUCAAAGGACAAGCUUGUGAACACUCUGGCCACAGUUGUGAUCAAUCUUUAUGAAACUUGGUCAGAAUGUUUGUCUUGAUGAUCUCUAGAUCAAGUUUGAAACUGGGUCAUGUGGGGUCAAAAACUAGGUCACCAGGUCAAAUCAAAGGAAAAGCUUGUUUACACCCUAGGGGGGCACAUUUUUGAUUCUAUAUUCAUAAAACUUGGUCAGAAUAUUUGUGAUCAUGAAUUCAUGAUUGAUUUUAAAUCUGGGUCAUGUGGGGUCAAAAACUAGGUCACUAGGUCAAAUCAAAGGAAAACAACUCUUGAGGCCACUUUUUUGUUUUGCUCCAAUCUUUCCAAAACUUUGUCAGAAUGUUUGUUUUCAUGAAAUGGACAAGUUCAAAUCUGGAUACUGUUGGGUAAAAAAUUAGGUCUCUAGGUCAGAUCAAAGAAAUGCUUUUUAACACUCAAGAGGCCACGUGUUUUGGUCCAAUCUUAAUGAAAAUUGGUCAGAAUAUUUGUCUCUAUUAAAACACUAGGUAAAACAUGUUUACACUGUUAUGGUGUGUUACUCAGGUGAGAGACCUAGGGCCAUCUUGGCCCUCUUGUUUUAAUUAUAUGUAGUCUUCAAGAUAUGAAUAUUUCAUGAACUUGACCUUGUUGGUUUUCAACAGUUAUAGGUACCUGAAUUGUAUUUGCAAGGGGAAGGAUAUAAAGUGGUUUUAAACCUACUGCUAGAGGCACACCUGUUUUUGUUAACAUUUAUUGUAUUCUAUGCACUUAGCCAGACGUUUCAUGCUAAUGACGUAAAUUAUACUUUUGGAUAAUCAUUAGUCUAUGCAAAAGUAUCCAGUUUCUUUGUGCUGUAAAAUGAAAAUGAUAUGAUCAUGUUUUAUAGUAAUGUUUUACCUACUGUCUGAUCCAUCUAAUAAAUGACAGGGGUCUUUCCAUGACUUGCGGCUUUAUUUUGCAAGAUCCUUUUAUAUAUACUAUACAUCAUCCUAAAGGUCGCCAAGGUAGUUGUAGAAUCUUCUUGAAUUUUUUUAAUGAAUAUACUUUUCCAUGGUAAAAAUUGAUGCAGACACAGCUCCUUUCAGUACCUGACACACUAUUUGCUUAGAGAUAAAUGGGUAAGCAACUUGGUGGGAUUAUUGGGCCAUGGAGUAGAGUAUUCCAGUUGCGAUGACAAGUAUUGAAAAAUAUUGUUGGUAGUUUUCAGCCUGAAAAACGAGUCUAACUGAAUAGAAAUUAGAGGAGAAAUAGAGGUGAUUUCUUUGUUUCAGUGUAAGAUCAGAGUAUUUUUUCACACAGACCCACAUGCAUUAGAUUCAUGUAAGAAUCUAACUAGAUAUCCAUGUUUUAUAAUACAGUACAUUAAACAAAAACAUUUUCUUUUGGCCUUUGCAGUGUCAUACACAACAUCUUUACAUUACUCAUAUCUUUAUGUCAGAAAUGUUAAAUGUUUUUCAGAAAUUUAUUGUUUUUGUUAACAUUUCAAGAAUGAAAGGGCAUUUUUUUCAAUUUCUUGUAAGAAAUUAGAUUUAUCAAAGUCUUUAGUAAUGUUAAUUAAGUUUAUGCCCCCGAAGGGAGGCAUAUUAGUUUUCAACUGUCUGUCCGUUGGUUCAUUCGUUCGUUCGUCACAACGUUAACUUUUUGCAUGAAGGCACUUAUCUCGCAAAUCACUGCAUCCACGACCUUCAAACUUCACAUGCUGAUAGUACUUAUUGAGUACACGACCCCUACUGACUUCGGGGUCACCAGGUCAAAGGUCAGGGCGCUGCGGGGCAUUUGUCACCAUUAGUGACAGCUCUUGUUUAUAAAUAAAAUUUUGUUGAUACUAGUUGCUUUACAUAGAAAAUUACAAAAAUGUUUAUAAUGUUAUGCUAUAGAUUAAGGGGAAAAAGGAAAAAAGUACCCCAUGUGGUUCAGGGACGAUCUGUGUAUGAAAAGAAUUGGAACCACUGCCUUACCCUUGCAUGAUUGUAAGAGGUGACUAAUAGGGUCUUAACAUUUGGUUUUGCUGUAACUCUGUGAUUCCAGCAGGUAUGCAGAUUUUGAUUCCAUACCUCAUGUAUUUAUUUCGAUGUAAAUGAGAUGUGAAACCAGAAUUUGUAGUCCUGUUUGGCGCCAUAUAACCUAUACUAUGUUGGUGCGCUGUAAAACCCAAAUAAAUAAAUAAUGGAAAAAAGUGAGUUUAUUAGGAUCUACAAUAUCUUUUUUUUCAGUAAAUUUAGCUAUGAAAUCUGUAUCAUGAAAGAAGUACUUCCCAUUUCUUACAGGAUUGAAUUUAGUUUGAAACUGGACAAGGAACUGUAUUUUUAUAUAUUAUUGCAUGAUUUUUGUAUGUUAUGUACCUACCGUUAUAUUCAGCACUACCGGUAAUUAAGUCUUAAAGUACGAAAAAUUGUCUGAGAAAAUUUAGUUCAGACACCGUGUCUUUUUUAGACAAAUUUUGUUUAUUAUUAUAUUUACCAUUUCAGAAAACACUUUUGGACUGCUUCAUGUUUUCUUUUUGUAACCUUUUUGUGGCUGUAAAAUGCGUUUCAAUGCUGGUAAAAUUAUGUUAUGUAAAAAACACUUAUUGAAUACCUUGCCUGUCAGUCAACGUAUAAUCACAUGUACAGUCAGGCUUGUUAGUAAGACCACUACUGUACAACCUGCCUUGAGAUCACAUCAUUUUUAGCUCGACUAUUCGAAGAAUAGGGGAGCUAUCCUACUCGCCCAGGUGUCAGUGUGAGCGUUGGCGUGAGUGUCACACAAAUGUUAAAGUUUGCGUACCACCCCAAAUAUUUUCAAAGUCCAUUGAGAUAUUGCUUUCAUAUUUUGCAUACUUGUUUACCAUCAUGACCCCAGUCUGUAAAAAGGAGGAGGCAACUCUAUCAAGCAUUUUGACUGAAUUAUGGCCCCUUUUCGACUUAGAAUAUGCUUAUUGUAAUGUUAAAGUUUUACUCAUUGCUUAUAUUAUACUAUCAAGCACUGAGAAUAGUAGAGCGCACUGUCCACUGACAGCUCUUGUUUUCCUUCCCAGUUAGCUAAUAAUAGCACCAUGUGACCACCUGUUAACACAAACCACCUUUUUGCUAUAUCAGUGGUGGUCUCUGUAGACAGGUUUUGCUGUUAAUAUUGUUUUGCUAUUUAGGAAUGGAUAGAUACUGUGAAAGCAUUAAUAUUUGCAGGGGACUAAUUUUCAUGGAUUUUAUAGUUGUGUUAAUCCACAAAACUUUGCAGGGGACUAAUUUUCAUGGAUUUUAUAGUUUUGUUAAUUCACAAAAUUUUGCAAGAACUAAUUUUCAUGGAUUUUAUAGUUGUGUUAAUCCACAAAAUUUUUCAGGGGACUAAUUUUCAUGGAUUUUAUAGUUGUGUUAAUCCACAAAAUUAUGCAAUGGACUAAUUUUCAUUGAUUUUAUAGUCUUGUUAAUCCACAAAAUUUUGCAGGGGGCUAAUUUUCAUGGAUUUUGUAGUUGUAGGCUAAUUUUCUUGAAUUAUAUAGUUGUGUUAAUCCACAAAAUUAAAACCCAUACAAUUUCCAUACAUUUAAUCUUCUAAACUUAAAAUCCACUAAUUCAUUUCCCCACAAAGUAGCCAUUUUGGGCAAAACCAUGUAACUUUUGACCUGCAAAAUUAAAUGGUUUUACAGUACUCAAAAAAUUCUAUAGUAUGUACAGAAUUUGACCAGCUUACUGCUUUGCUUUUGUGAGGAAAAACUAUUUUUGUUUCUAUUUUGUAUAUUUAAUUUGUCAGAAUAAACUAUUAAAUAAAAGAACAAAAUUAA